UUUCACUUUUUAUGUUGCUAUGUUUUGGUGAGCUGUGACGAUGAGAUUGCGGAUUAUUAUGUAUUGUGACAUGAACAACAUGAUCAUAGUGGAACGAAAUUGUACAGCCCCGUAAAAAAGAUAACAGAGGAGUUUAAAAUUAAAAUUUAGCAGUGCUGGAGAAAAUAAUCAUGUCCAUGUUUGUGUCAAUAGGAAUAUUUCGAAAAUUAUAUAAACGAAGUGAAAUCUCAUCACUUCAUCACUUCACCAAUUAAUUAAUACUCAACUACACAUUUACACAACAUAUAAUCAUGGCUAAAUUCUGUUUAUUCCACAGUGCCCAAACUAUCUUGGUGAUGGUUUUCUUAAUUUGUUCAUUAAAUUCAUUCAUCUCAUCCACUAUGAUGAAAUUCAAAGACUCAGUUUUAUUACCCAAUUCAUCAGAGGUUAAUCAAGAUAUUAAGUUGAUUAAAACAAGUAAAAACCAAAACAUGAGUGGUCACGGAGUUACUUUGAUACGUGCUGGUCAAAGAGCUUCUGUUUUAAUUCCAGUUUGUUGUACUUUGUUAGCAGCUAGGUUUUUAAUUCGUGAUUCAAAUAUUUGAUCAAGUCAAAUUUU